AUAUAUAUAUAUAUGAAAGCUUGGUCAACCUUGCUACUGUCUUGCUUGCUACUUUACACUUUCUUGUCUCUCAUUUGAAACCCAACUUUUUUCAUUCUCAUUCUUCUUUCUCUUAUAUACUCCUUUCUCUUUUUUUUGGGGUUGCCAGGAUUCAUAUCUUUUACUCAAACCUUGGAAUGUAUAUGACAUUUCUCUAGAGAGAGAGAGAGAGAGAGAGAGGGCACAGCUUCAUUGCAGUGAUUCACAAAGUGGAUAAUGGGUUGUGGUGAUGGUAAAGAGUUUAACGUGUCUAACUCAUUCACUGGUCUUAAACUUCGACCCCUUAUUCCAAAGCCUAUGUCAGUCAGUCCAAUAUUAACCCCUCUUUACUGUGAUUCCACUCAUUACACCAAUCUUUGCUCACUGAAUCACCAUCCAGCUUAUGUAACUCAACAAAUUGAGACAAAUUUUAACACAAAACCGCUGGCAAGUUCACGGUGGAAUCCAACUCCGGAGCAGAUACUAGUCCUUCAAGAGUUGUAUCAACAUGGAACACGAACUCCAACAGCUGAUCAGAUCCAACAGAUUGCAGCAUAUCUUCGAAGGUUUGGUAAGAUUGAAGGGAAGAAUGUUUUCUACUGGUUUCAAAAUCACAAAGCGAGAGAGAGGCAGAAACGCCGGCGUGAACUGGCUUCACACUUACAAGUGCAACAACAUGAUUGUAAAAGUCUAGUUAAGAAAGAACCAGUGAUGAGGAGGAAAGUUUAUAAAGUUGAGCAGGCAAAGAAGUGGGCACCUCUUUUAAACUGCAGAAGACUUAUAGAGGAAUCUGCUUUGAUGCAUAGAGCAGCAACAGCAGAGAAAAUAUCACUUGGGUGGAUUCAAUUUGAGGGGAGAGUAUCACAAAAGAGUAGAACAGUAGAAAGGCAAGCUACGAGUCAAGAUAAGGAGAUGGCUCAUGAUUUGUCAUUAAGGGAAGCUUUCCCCGACCCUGAGGAUCAAAGAAGAGAGUUUAAAACCCUUAAACUCUUUCCAUUAUAUGGUGAUGAUCAAUGUGAUUGUGAUUCCAAUAUUGGUGUCACAGAAGAGGACAUCAAACUAGUGCCUAACAAAACUAGGGACAACGAGCUUGCUCCAAGCCAGUACUUUGAAUUUCUGCCUCUGAAGAAAUAAACAAAGCUAAGAAGCCCACGUCAAGUGGUCAGAUUUGUAUGUUAGAUUAGAUGCAUGGUUAAUAUAUAUAUAUAUGUGUGUGUGUGUGUGUGUGUGUGUGUGUGUGUGUGUUAGAUAGUUACUACAUAAUGGUGGAAAUGGUAACUGGUUAAUAUAUAUAUGUGUGUUAGAUAGUUACUACAUUAUGGUGGAAAUGGUUACUGUUUUUCCUGUUUAUUAUGGUCUGCAUGGUGCACGAGUGAAUGACAAAGACAUGGGAAAAUAAUCCCUAGCUGGUUGUACCAAGUUGUAGAGCUCCAUUCCAUAAAAUAAAUAUA